AGGUUAGAGUUCAGACAUUGGAAAGAAGAUGGUGGAGCCCGGAGAAAUCCGCGUGGUUCGGAGUGGUGGUAGCAAAAUAAACUUCAGAAAACCUGUUUUCACGCUAGAUUCAAAGUUCUUGCUUUGCUCGUCAGGGGAUUCGGUGAAAGUCUACAGCUCCGCGACAGAAGAAUGUGUCCGCAUCCUACACGGACACUCGGACCUUGUUACUGGCAUUGCCUUAAACCCAUCAAACCACCUCCAGGUUUAUUCCUGCUCUGUAGAUGGCACUGUUAAGCUGUGGGACUUCACUGAUGGCAUUCUGAUUAAGACAUUUGUAAUUGGCUACAAACUCUUAGCCCUGUAUGUCUCACCUGACCAUGAAGGAACAGUUUUUCUCAUCAUCCCCAUGGAAAGCAACAAAGAAUCAGAGGCUUUUCAGUUGGUUUCUAUUCAGCUUCCAAAAGUGUCCGACCAGGAGGUGGAAGCCAGAGAUGUGUCCAUCCUGUUAAGUAAUGUCAACCCUGCCCCAAAGGCAACCUCUUUUGGAAGAGGGGGCACAUAUAUUGCUUCUGUGAAAGGUCUACAUAUGUCUGUGUACUUCUUCAAGAAACAAAAGACUUACAGGCUGGCUUUAAAAGCUACUGAUAAAAAGGGAGCCAAGAAUAUGUUCACAUGUGUUACCUGUCACCCAAAAGAGGACUGCAUAGCCACUGGCCAUGAAGAUGGGAAGAUAAGGCUGUGGAGAAAUUUUAAUCAGAAAAAGGAAUACACAUACUCCACACAGCACUGGCACCAUAAUAUUGUAAAGGAUCUGUCUUUCACACCUGCAGGUACUAAUAUGCUGAGUGGUGGAAUAGAGUCAGUGUUAGUACAGUGGCGCUAUGGAGAAGAAACUAGAAAGGAUUUCCUGCCUCGUCUGGGAGCUGCUAUUGAAUAUGUCUGUGCUUCUCCAGAUGGAGUGCUGUACUGCACCUCUCACAGCGACAAUAAGAUCACAAUUAUCCAGAGUAACCUGAAAGUCAUUGGUGUAAUCCAAGGCCUGGUUAAAGGAGAUAAUAUCAAGACCAAUUUAAUGAUUGACCCAAGAAGUAAAGCAUUAGUGCUAAAUGGGAAGCCUGGACAUUUGCUCUUUUAUUCUCUCCAGCACGACAAGCAGUUGUAUAAUCUUGACAUAGUGCAACAGGAGUAUAUCCAUGAGUCAGGCCUGCAGCAGUUUGAAGUGGUCAAAGCUGCAUUUGAUGCCCAAGGUUCUUGGUUAGCAACUGUUGAAGAAAGGAAAAACAAGUUGUCUGAAUGGGAGGUGAUACUGAAAAUGUGGGGCUAUGACGAGCAGACACAGAGCUUUGUGCUGAAUACCACAGUAACAUCCCCACAUGAGGGUCAGAUCACAGCUCUCUGUUUCUGCAAUGCCAACGAAACCAGCAUGUUGGUGACAGCAGGAAAGGAUGGGCAGUUUAAAGCCUGGCUCUUGGGAGAGAAUUCUGAUCAGGAAACGUGCUGGACUUGUGACUUUGUGGGCAGCUACCACAAUCUCAGUGUCACAAACAGUUGCUUCUCUGCAGAUGGUUCCUUGCUGGCUGUCAGUUUCCAAGAGAUCGUCACCAUAUGGAACCCUGACUCCUGGGACCUCCUGUGCACAUUCUGUCAGCCUCCAGGGAAAAUAAGGAAACUUUGUUUUGGGAGGCUAAGCUGUUCAAAGUACCUCCUUGGUACCACCACUAAUAACUUACUUUGCUGUUGGAACCUGCUGACUUGUAAAUUGGAAUGGAGCGCAGAUUUAAAUGUCAUUUGUCUUGAGGCUGAUCCUUUAUCUGAAAACAUUGCUGCAUUUUCAUUUGCAUCUGGAAGCUCUGACUUGUUCGUGUUCAAACCGAGCGAGCCGCGGCCCCUGUAUGUCCACAAGGCGGUGUGUCUCGGCCAAGUGCAGCGCGCAGUCUUCGCUCCCCGAGAGGCGGCAGAGGACAACUGCUCAGAGAGCAGCCAGUGGUUGAACAGAUCCCGACUCUACUUCCUUUCAGAGCACAUGGAUCUGAUGACAUUCGUUACAAAAUCAGAAGAAGACUGGAUAGUGGCCUCAAACAAACAGCUUUCAAUAGAUGAGAGCACUCCUGUCACUCCAUUCUCCCUACUGUUGGGGAGACACAGACAACAGCAUCAGACUGAUCUGGAUAAACAGAAGGACCAGCUAGCAGCUCGGGUUCAGAAUCCACAAGGAACAGUUGCAGUUAAAGAGUUGCUUCAAACUCCAGCCUAUGUUUUGCCCUCAGCUUCAUUCCUGUGUACAAUGUUUGUGAAUUCCUUGCUGAUCUGCAAGCAUGGAAAUGGAGAAGUCUCUGAGGAAAUAGAUGAGGAUAUGGACAGUGACAAAGAGGAAGAUGAUGAUUCAGAAAAGGAAAUGGACUCGCUGGAUAAUCUGCAAGAAUUCAAAACAGAGUACCUCUUAGAGGAGCAGGCACCAGAGCUUUCAAGGUCUGAGGAAAAGGAAUUAAAGAAACUACGGAAAACAGACUACAGUUGGCUUAGCAAACUUCAGGACUAUUAGCUGUAGGAAUUAAUCUGAGCCAAAACCCUUGGUGCAUCAUUUUUUACUCUUAAUGCAAUCCAGUAUUUUUUUUAUAUUCCAGAAAAGUAUACCAUGCUGGUUAAAAACCGUCUAUUGCUGGGACUGUUGACAUUAACAGAACUUUUGAAAGAUCAAACUGCAGUAUUGAGUGUUCUGUACCUUACUUUUAGCCGUUUCAUAACUUAUCCUAAACUUGCAUAAAGGAUCACGUUUGGAAAAUCUGCUCAUGCAGCUUUUUAAGGCAAGUCACCAGUGCACACUUCUGUUAUACAUUUUGCUACUUCUGUUUUCAUAUAGAAGCUCAAAAAUAUCUCGAAUGACUCAGCAUAUGUUCAUAAAAUUCCCAUGAGCAAAUGCUUA